AUGAAAUGUCAGAGGACCAUUGGAGAGCUAUACAAACAUAUAGACCUGACUUCGUCAUCAGUGGGUGUUCCUUUCUACAAGAUUGUAUCUUAUACACAUCCCACUGUACUAACUAUCAGCCUCAUCCAGCCUCAUCCAUUCCAUCAUUCCCCACCCAAAUAUCCUAAUCAAAUAUCUGCUUACCCUACCACUUACCACUAACCACUUACCACUAACCACUUACCACUAACCACUUACCACUAACCACUUACCACUAACCACUUACCACUAACCACUUACCACUUAAAAACCACACAAUUCCCUCAACUGCUCCUUGCCAGAGCACCUGCAUCUCCACCUCUACGCAUCCACCCCUAUUUACAUAUCUAGUAUUACAACCACCACAUUCGACUAGCGCAACAAACCUGCAUACCCGUUCCAAGUGAAGUGGGAAUUUUGACGGCUGCGAGGGAGGGGAGUGAGGCUGAGGCUGAAUCUAAGGACCUUGUUAGUAAAAGGUAUACUACUAUACUUCUUUCUUAUACUUUUCUUUAGAAGAGAGAAAGGGGAAUAUAUAA